UGAAAUUUUAUCCUUCCCUUCACUUCACCGUAACUAUGUUUUUAAUUUAACUUCAAAUUCAUUUUAUUUUUCAAAGUUAAGUUGGCACAAUUCAAAAUGUAUUCCGUAGAAUAUGUCGUAUUGAUUUCUGGGAUAAGUUACUUGAUCACAAGUGUAGCGGUGACCAAAGGCCACCAGCACUUCUCAUUUCACUUAAAAUGAUUCUACAUUUAUGUUAGAUACCGUACCAGUCGUUUUACGCGCAGCAAUUUUGCACUCCUUUCCCAUUUUUACCAGUGUGAUAACAUCGCCAGUAGAUUGUCACUGUUAGUAAAAAGAAAGCUUCAGUUUUUCUUCCAAAGAUGGCCUAGGCAACCAGAAGCGUGUUGGUAAAGUGAAAAAACAUUCACGUUAGUAGUCUGCUAUUUUGGCUGUAAAAUAAUACAAACUGUCGAAAGAGCCAACGUUAAGAUUUAAAUUUUAAACAGAGUAAUGAAAAGCUGGGAAAUAUUAGCGUGCUCGUUUUCCGAAUGGUAUCCACAUUUUAAAAAGGUCACCUUUCCUAGUCGUAUCAUUCCAUUGUCACAAGAGUUCGUUGAUUACUUGCUUGCCGAUAACUUGGUGCUGCGUAGCGAUCAAGCGUUGAUCACAUACGAUAAAGGUAAUGAAUCAACUUCCAGCGAUUCCGAAGAUGACGAAGAAGGUUGGAUCAAGGCAGAAAGUGAAACACCGUCACUUGAGGCACCACAUUUUGAAGAAAUUGAUAAAAAGAUUGCAGAUGUAAUAGCUGAAUUUGGUGGCAAAGUCUUUGUAAAGUUAAACUGGAGCUCGCCUAAGGAUGCCUCGUGGAUUGCUUUAAAUAAUUCCCUCCAAUGCCAUAUGCCUGCAGAUGUACAUCUCUUGCUGAAAAGCUCAGAUUUUGUUCUUCAUGACCUGACCCAACCAUUCAAGGAUUGUGAAGACCAUGCCCUUAAUUCAGAACCUGUUAAAUAUGAUCUUAUUCUCAGAAAGUGGAUCGAGAUCAACCCGGCAAAUGAAUUUCGUUGUUUCGUACGAAAUAAGAAUUUAAUUGGUAUAUCUCAACGAGACGAGUCUAUACACUGUGCUCAUAUUGAAAUAGAAAAGGAGGACAUAGUACGUGAUAUCUUGAGUUUCUUCAAAGAACAGAUAGGUCCCAAAUUCCCCCUCGAUAAUUACGUGAUGGAUGUGGUCCGACAGCGGAAGGAUAAAAUCGUUUUAGUUGACAUCAAUCCUUAUGGAAUCACCACGGACUCGUUAUUAUUCGACUGGAGUGAAGAUCUGUUACAGACGAGCAAUAAUUUAGGGACGGCCACAUGUUCCCACAGUAUGCCUGACUUUCGUUUCAUCGCCGAAGAAUCUGGGAUCCGCACCAAUCCUCUUCGUCGUUAUUGCGUUCCAGAAGACAUAGCUCAUUUGACUUCGGGUGAAGAUCCUUACAAACUGAUGGAUCUUCUGAAAUUGCGCUCUGGACAAGCCGAUACCACCGAUAGUGAUUGAAAUGUUUUGCGAGUGUGUGUUUAGGUGGCUGCCGUGUCCUGGCGUCUACCGCAAUUAAGCUGUGGUUUUUGUAAAAGACGUCCGAUUCUUUUUUAAGAAUAUAUCCAUCAUGUGAGUAAGGAGCAUGUUUGCUACAAAA